CUUGCCAAGUACUUCACCGAAAUCAAGGAAACAUUUUCCAAAUUUAUCAUUCUAAUUUUUGUAGUAAUGUUGAGGGGGUUGUCAUGUCUAAAGAAAAGAAAAUUGAAGUAAUCAAUGCAGUUUACAAAGUUCGUUUUCACUGCCAAAAAUGUGCACAUGAUAUCAAGAAAUCACUCCUGAGAAUGCAAGGAGUUCGUACUGUGGAUGUGAAAUUUGAGAAGGAUGAAGUUACAGUAAAAGGAGCUAUCGAUGCAAAGAAAAUUCACCAACGUUUAGAGAAAUGGGAUAAAAAGAAAGUCGAGAUAGUAUCCCAGGCCAAGGUUAAAGAAGUUCAAAAGGAAACUAUUAAGGAGACAAUAUUGAAAGUUUAUAUGCAUUGCAAAAAGUGUGAGCUUGACCUAAAGAGGAAGUUACUCAAACAUAAAGGUAUUCAUAAUGUUAAAACAGACUUCAAAACUCAAACUAUAACAGUUGAGACAAUCCUUGAGUCAGAAAAAGUUGUGACAUAUGUGACAAACAAAUUUGGCAAACACGCAGAAAUCGUAAAGAAGAAAGAGGAGGAAACAAAGAAAGUAUUAGAAGAAGUCACAACUGAAGGAGAAAAUAUAAAAAAAAUUGUUGAAUUUAAAGAAGUGGAAAAAGUAGAGGCAAAAUCCAAGGAGGGUGAAAUUCCAUAUUUUGUGCACUAUGUAUAUGACCCUCAGUGGUUCAGUGAUGAGAACCCUAAUGCUUGUUGUAUCAUGUAAACCCCUAAUGAUAUGAACUUUUUGCACAUUACCAAUUUAAUAUUUUACUUUGAUAUGCAU